AAAGCAUGCGCUACUGUGCUCGGAAAAUUAUUCUGUACGUCGAAAAUCAGUGCUCGAAAAUGUUCCACAUUCAUCUGCGGUUAUUUGAGAGUAUGCGUUGCUAUAGUUAUGGAAAUCUCCGCCUGCCGUGCCAAGAUCUAUCAGGACGCCUUUAUAUGAGAGCUGGAAAGGUUUCUUGGACAGUCAACUGAAUCAUGUUUUUCCCCACUUUGUUAUUGCUACCUGGCUUCGCCACGUAUGUGCUGGGAACAACCGUUUACAUGGCUGGUGAUUCAACCAUGGCCAAAGACGGUGGCGGCUCGGGAACCGACGGUUGGGGUCAAUAUUUGGGCCAGUAUCUGUCUGUCACGGUCGUGAACAAAGCCAUUGCGGGUCGUAGCGCACGGAGCUAUACUGAUGAAGGCCGCUUUGACACGCUCAUCGACACUGUCUCUAGCGGCGACUACGUCGUGAUCGAGUUUGGUCAUAAUGAUGGAUUGUCCGGUACCGUGGAUAAUGGGCGUCAGGAUGCUUAUGGGGACGACUACAACACGACGAGCACAGUGACCAACUCAGCUGGUGAAAGUAUAGUCAUUCACACAUUCCCGUACUAUAUACAGAAUGCCGUCACUGUUCUCCAAGCCAAGGGUGCCAUCCCGAUCGUUUCCUCGCAAACUCCCAGCAAUGAUUGGGACGACGGUGUCAUUACCGAUCCCCCUCGCUUUGUUGCAUAUGCGAAUACGGCAGCCACUCGUACUGGAGCGACGUACAUAAAUCACUACACAUACAUGGCCCAAGCCUAUGAAGCUCUCGGGGAGACUGUUGUGGAUGCAUAUUACCCUCUCGAUCACACCCACACAUCGGUAGAGGGUGCCAACGUGGUAGCGGAGGCAUUUGUGAGAGGACUGCUUUGUGGUAAUAGUGACUUGGCGGCGUAUGUCAAUUCUGCAGGACAGGCUGUUCCCAAUAGCUGUUUGUAACUCUGAGUAAGAACUCGGAUGUCAAUUUGAAUGCAUUCUCUAGUUAAUCACAAAAAUGUCCGUUUUUCUCGGCGUUCGAAGGGAAUGACAAGAUCGGCGUUCAUUUAUAACGUGCAGGACAAACAUUCGAACCCGGUGUUACGUGUUUAACUAGAUCUGGGGUCUCCUGGAGGCGCUACCCAGAUAGAUCUGCUCCCACUCCGGUGAUAGAAGGCAUGUCUCGCAGUGAGAUUUUUGUCAAGCAGCAUAUGCACCUGUUGCAGCACGUCCAUGUGCAGGCACCUGUCAGAGGUUGCCUUGGCGGAACGAUAGUACCUGUUUUCCAGGGUAUAAAAGUAUGGCGAAUGAAAGAUGAUAGA